AUUUAUUUCCAAAGAUCUGUUAUCGCUCAUCAAUCAUCACUGUCAGUCACACCACCAAAACAGAAAAGCUCCCUCCCCACUAUCACACCAUCUCCAUGGAAGAAAAACCCAAGAACAAGAACAAGAAGCAGAAGCACCAGCACCCCAACGAUCAAACCGCCAAAACCACCUCUGAUUUCUCCUUCAAGCCUUCCUCCGACGUUAAGGGCCUCCGAUUCGGCGGCCAAUUCAUCGUCAAAUCCUUUACAAUCCGCCGGGCGCGGCCUCUGGAGCUCCUCCGUCUCCUCUCUCUUCCACCCACAAAACCCGGAUUCCCUUCCACAUCCGCCUACCUCCCAACGAAUUUCACGAUCCUGGCCCACCACGCGUGGCACACGCUCACGCUUGGCCUGGGCACGAGGAAAUCGAAAGUGGUGGUGUUCGUGUUCGAGUCGGAGAAUAUGAGGGCGGCGGUGGACCGACUGUGGCCGUCGGAGAUACCCCUCGGAGAAGUGAACAAGAAGCUGAUUAGGGGGCUGACCGGAUGCGAAAUGGCGCGGUUCAAGUUCCGGAAAGGGUGCAUCACGUUCUAUGUUUACGCCGUCAGAAGAAGUGGGAAUUCCGGGUUCAUCUGCGCCGACGAUCUGAGGACCAUAUUGCAGUCGGUGGCGGCGCUCAAGGAUUUCAUUGACCACACGGCGAUGCUCGCCAUGCCCAACCAGAAAAGCAUCAGCUACGCGCCACCGCUUGCCGUCGCUCAUUAAAUUAGGCAUGUUCUAAUUUUCUGUUUCUUUUCUUCCCAAGGAUUUGACUUAAAAUACAGUAUUUUUCUUUUGCUUUUUCCUUCUUGAUGGGGUAUGGAAAUGGUGGAAUGAAUUUUUAUUUUUAGGUAUUUUUUUUUGUAAAAAUUUUGAUUUCCCAACUUUGUAUUCUACGAAGAAUGAAUGAAUAAUUGGAGAAUUGGUGGGGUGAAUUUAAUAUA